UCUCAAGCUCCGCCUCUUAGAUGACGCCCAAUGGGCGGUCUUCGGAAUGCCGCGGCUCGGGAGGAGGAGCCGAUUUUAUCCUUUUAGAACCGCCGGAAUAUGGUGGCGGCGCGCGCAUGCGCCGUACGCCAACAUGGCGGAACUGGAGAUUGGACAGCACUGUGAAGUGGAGGACUGCGGGCAGCUUGAUUUUCUCCCUUUUGUGUGUGAUGGUUGCUCAGGAGUCUUCUGUCUUCAGCACAGAAGUCGGGCUGCACAUGGUUGUUCUGAGUCACCGCCAUGAACUGGACCAUGAAUGUGAAAAAUUGGAAAUCCCUAAGCCUCGCAUGGCUGUUACCCGGCAGCUUGUUAAAGAUAUUGUAGAUUCUAAAGAAGCCACAGUGAGUAAAAAAGGCAGAGGAGCAAAGAACAGCGAAACAGCAGCAAAGGUGGCCCUAAUGAAACUGAAAAUGCACGCAUCUGGGGAUAAGUCCGUGGUGCAGACAGAGAGAAUCUACUUCCAAGUGUUUUUACCUAAAGAGAGUAAGGAGAAAAGCAAACCCAUGUUCUUUAGUAGUAACUGGAGCAUUGGUAAAGUGAUAGAUUUUGCCGCUUCCUUAGCAAACCUUAAGAAUGAUAACAACAAAACCACAGCUAAGAAAGUACGACUCUGCCACCCAACAUCUGGAGAAGCUUUGCCUUUGGACCAGACACUAGCAUCUUGGAUAAGCAGCAGAGAAUCCCCACUAAAUAAUGGUGGAAAUGUGAUCUUGGAAUAUCUUGAUAAUGAAGUCCAAUUUCUAGAAAAUGCAACUUCUUAUAUAGAGUAGUUGUGAAAAACACUCUGCAUGUGAUUGUCAGGCCUAACAAAAGACACACUCUGUUUAUAGUUUCAUCAUGUGUUAUUUUUAUCACCUACAUGAAGAAAUUUAAUAAAUUCUGAUUUAUGUCCA